AUGUUGCUAAAGCCCGCGACACCCUUAACAAUUCUUCUUUUAAUCGCUUUUGUGCUUCUAAUUCUCUCUGUCAUCUCGACCCCUAUCGUCAAAGGUAUUCCGUUGGCAACCUUCGAAGAUGUCGACUACGGAGUUUUCGGUUAUUGCAAGCGCGACCAAUGUACCAAUAUCCAUGUUGGUUACAAUAAUGAUGACCUCAGCAGCGCCGGCACCGAUGACGACUACUACCUCCCAGCGGGUACGCGCCGAUCGCUCUCUUCGAUCUUAAUCGUGCACCCAGUCGCCGCUCUUCUUACGCUAAUCUGUCUCUGCAUGGCCGUGGCGGCCCAUUUCCACAGCCCGUCGCAUUCUCCUCGAUACCUCCUUGCCCUCUUGAUCCUGUUGCUCCCAACCCUUCUCGUUACCCUGCUCGCUUUUCUGGUGGAUAUACUGCUUUUUGUUCCGCAUCUCGGAUGGGGCGGUUGGAUUGUGCUCGGUGCGACCAUCCUUCUCGUCACCUGUGGGGUCGUCACAUGCGCAAUGCGCCGGACUCUUGUCAGUCGCAAGGCACGAAAGAGGCGCAUUGCAGAGAAUGCCGAAAUGAGCGGUGAAAACUUUUACAAUCGACAGAACGCAGCGGCCGCAAAUCCCGCCAUGAACCCUCCUCCCCUGCCCCUUAGUGAAGAAACAAAAGAGCCUUUUGUCAAUGGAUCUCCUCCGGGCUCGGAAACAGGCCCAACAUUUGCGACCUUCCGCACUACUACGCGCGAGAGCGACGACGAUCGCACACCUCUCAACUCACGAACGCCUCUUAGCGAUGCUCCUAUGCCUCCGGAUAACCACCCGCCUGCUCCGAUGCGAGAUGAUCGAGCUGCCUACAACGUCCCACGCGAUGAAUACGGAAACCCGCUUCCCCCAGCUGGUCCAGGACCGAGAACGCGACCGCCUCCCGGUGAUCCGCGCUUGCGCAAUCAAUAUUCGGAUGGUAGCAUGGGGUCACGCAGAGGCGCGCCUCCGCCGGGUGUAGGCCCACGUGGCCGAGGUGGAUACCCUCCUCGAGGAGGCUACGGCCGCGGAGCACCGUAUGGAGGACCCCGAGGACCCCCUCCAAGCGGCAGGGGUGGCCCGAUGGGCCCGAUGCGAGGUGGUCCCCCUGGCAUGAUGGGUCGUGGAGGAUACCGUGGUCCACCGCAAUUUGUCUACGGUCCUGGACCCGGUCCACGGGGAAUGCCCGCAACCGAAGAGGAUGAGUACGAGUACGGAGGUCAUUCUCCUGGAGGCACCAUGCGUCGGCCAUCCCCCGGGCCGAUCGGCAUGGCCAUGUCGCCGGACUCCGGAGCACCCAUUGGCCAAGCGAUUGAAAUGACACCGCAGCCGAGACGGAUGGGCUCUGCAGACCCGGAACAUCAGGAGGCCAUGCUUGACUCGCAACCGCAUGCCUUGUCCGCUGAUGGGUAUCCGGAGCCGGUCAGCCCUUCGAGCCUUUAUAGUCGAACAGCAUCAUACGUUCCGGCGCGUAACGGCUGGGGUCCACCGGAGCCACGCUCUGGUCCCUCACCAUCACCUGUCCAUGCUUAUGGAGCAGCUCGACGACCCUCACCACACAUUCGAUCUGGGUCGGGCGACUACUUUGAAGAUGCCGAUCCUCGUUUUGCUAAUCGUAAUGAGCCUGCAGGAGGCAACUCUGGGUUGCCAUCUGCUCUGACACCGGGUAAUGGUGAGCCGAAACCAAUAGAGGAGGACAUGGCUGAAGGCCCUUGCUCACCUACUACUAGCGAUAUAAGCCAUUUUACGUCCAUUUCUGAGCGACCCAUCAAUCCACGCUGGCGUCCGCCACUCCCUGCGCAGCAGAAACAGAACGUUUUGCUAGAGAACAACCCCGAUUUCGAUCUGCGGGCUGGCAUGGGACGGGGCGGUGGUGGAGUGGCAGGUGGAGUUGGGGGUCGCAUGCCAUUGAUGCCGAUACCUCGAGAGACUACGAGAUACCCUAUGCCCUGA